AUGGGGGUUAAAGGGCUCAAUCAAUUGAUUAAAGAACACGCUCCUGAUGCGUUUAAAGAAUUCCAACUAAAGAAUCUUUUUGGCCGCAAGGUGGCGAUCGAUGCCCUGAUGUGUUUGUACCAAUUUUUGAUCGCCGUCCGCCAGCUGGACGGGCAGCAGCUCACGCUGGAUAGCGGCGAGACCACCUCCCACUUGCUGGGGCUCUUCUACCGGACCAUCCGCUUAGUGGAGAACAAUAUCAAGCCGGUGUACGUGUUUGAUGGCAAGCCGCCCGUGCUUAAAGGUGGCGAGCUUGAGAAACGGUUGAAGCGGCGAGAGGAGGCGGAGAAGGCGCUUGAAACCGCCAAAGAGACUGGUGACGUCACCGAGACGAUGAAGUUUGAAAAACGGAUGGUAAGAGUGUCAAGAGAACAAAACGCCGAGGCUAAAAAGCUCUUGGAAUUAAUGGGGAUCCCCAUCGUCGAGGCCCCUUGUGAAGCUGAGGCUCAGUGUGCUGAGUUAGCCGCUGGGGGGAAAGUGUUCGCUGCUGCCUCGGAAGAUAUGGACACGUUGUGUUAUAAGCCGCCGUUCUUGUUGCGUCACUUGACGUUCUCUGAGGCCCGUAAGAUGCCCAUCGACCAAUUGGAGUAUACCGAGGCAAUCGCUGGGCUCGACUUGACUCACGAACAGUUUAUCGAUAUGUGUAUUCUCCUUGGCUGUGACUACUGUGAGACAAUUAAAGGGGUGGGGCCGGUGACGGCGUAUAAGCUCAUUAAGGAGCACGGGCUGUUAGACGCGAUUGUCGAGCACAUUGAGGCGAACCCGGAAAAGACAAAGUACAAGGUACCUCCCAACUGGCCGUAUAAGGAAGCGAGACAGUUGUUCAUGCUGCCGGAAGUGACCCCAUCGAAGGAUAUUACUAUCAAGUGGAACGAGCCUGACGUCGAGGGUUUAAUUGAGUAUAUGGUUAAAGAGAAAGGGUUUUCCGAAGAUAGAAUCCGUUCUGGUGCUGAGAAGUUAAAGAAAGGUUUAAAACUGGGGGUACAGGGCCGCCUCGACGGCUUCUUUACCGUGGUGAAAAAGCUGCCGGAGAAGGAGAAACCUCUGGGGAAGCGGAAGCUGCUGGCGAAGGAGCUGAAGGCGAAGCGGGCGAAGAAGUAG